AUGGCGCCCUCUCCACCCACUCCCGCAAUCACGAAACGUCGACAUGCUCUCCUCGAGCUGCUUACCUCAGAACGUGCCUAUGCGAAUGACCUCGCUCUCAUCAGGGAUGUGUAUAUGAGGUUGGCGUCUGCACGACCAGUCUCAGGAUCAGAAAUAUCAAAUCCCGGUUCUAACACAUCCAGUUCGGGUUCCGAUUCUACAAAGUCUAGCUCAGGCACACGCUCGUCCUCGUCUUCACGCACACUUCCACGCCCGAUAUGUGAACCUCCACUGUCUAUCACCGACAUACGCAUCAUUUUUCGUAACCUUUCCGACCUUGCUGUUCUAUCCGAAAUGGUCGUCUCCAAGCUCGAGAGAGUCGUCGAAGAAGGCAAGGGUGUGGGCGAGGUUUUUCUGGAGGUGAUCCCCCUCCUCGCACCCCCUUACACGACCUACAUCACCGCACACCCUCGCGCACUCGCACACCUCGACGCCCUAAGCGCCCCUCCGCAGCUCACCCCCCAAUUCUCGCGGUGGCUCAAGGAGAGCAAAGAACUGGUCGAGGCACACACCCAUGCUUGGGACCUACCCAGUUUGCUAAUCAAACCCGUGCAGAGACUACUCAAGUACGGGUUAUUAUUGGGCGCUGUGAUCAACGCUACCCCAGACCCGCUCGGGACUGAAGGACUGGAGAAACUCAGAGAGGCUAAACAGAAAGUCGAAGAAGUAGCUCGUGCUGUGAACGAAGGACGAAGACGGGUAGAAGUCGUUAGAGAGGUCCUCGAGUCUGGACAUGCAAAAGAUGGCGCUACAACAGGGGGUGUCGGCAUCCCCAAGGUAGGCGCCGUCUCACGCAUGCGUUCUCUCCGCACUCCAAAGCCCCUCGCAACGUCCGGAAAAGCACCCACGAAACAGAAAGGCAACUACCUUCCAGAAACAGAGCCUGACCCUGAACACGCUGAAGCGGCCCUCGUCGCUGCCCUCGAAAGCAAGCUCAAGUCGCACAUCACUACCCUCUCUCAUCUCGCUCGGGAUGCAGUAGCAUACGCUCGGACUCUGCAUGCACUAUUCGGUGCACUUGUCAAGUGGGGAUGGGCGUUCGCAGGCGUUAUUGGCGUCACCGUGAGCCCUGAGCUCAACACUUCCAGGACUGGUCAAAGCGAAGCCUUCGACGCGUUCCUCGCACUAUGUACGGGUCUCGUCGAACUCACACAGGAACUCGAGCAUGAACUUCACACACACAUCCUCCCAUCCCUCCAAUCUCUUAAAAACACCUCCGUCGCACCACUUAAGCUCCUCAGCGCACUGCACGCUCUGCAACCGCUACAUCUACACCUUCUGCACCUCCCAAUAACGCGCAAGCAUCGUCCGCCUGAGACGCUGCUACAAGCAAGCCAGAGCUAUGUCGCACUGCGUGGGCAGCUUGCGCUGGAGUUGCCUGUGUAUGUGAGGCUCCUGGAACGCGGCAUCGACGGGGUGGUGCUAGACCUAGCAAGAGGGAUGGAAGCAUUCUGGGGAGUUGUGGGUGAGCGGUGGGGAGAGCUGUGGGAUGCGCUGCGGGUAGAGGGGGAGGGCCUUGGAAGGGCUGAAGAUGCAGGCGAGACGGUACGCGUCUGGCGCGAACGAUGGGGUGAUGUGUUGGGCGUGCUUGGGACCUUGGCGGUUGUCAGUCACCCUAGGAAGAUCGAGCGGCCGCGUGCUGUGAAUCCGCAGCAAUACGUUGCGCAUUCCCAGAGCUCCUACGACCACCGCAGCUCACAAUCAUCUUCUUCCUCGUACCGCCCGUCACACUCACACUCCAACUCUUAUGAUAUUUCUGGUCGACGACGCAGUGGGAGCACAAAUAAUGUCCCUACUGGUCCUAUUCUACGCAAACCUUCUGAUGAAUCUCUGCGUUCUGGGAAAUCCGGAAAGUCGGGCAAGUCGUUUAGGAAUAGCCCCGGUCCUGGUCCUGGGAGGGGCAUCGAGGAUGUGCCCCCUGUGCCUUUUGCUCCACAGCCCCCAUCGCAGUCUCGCAGCGGCGUCUCUCCACCGCGCCUCAAGCCCACACGGAUGAAGAGUAUGCCUGGGCCUAUGCACAACAUUAUACCCUUCGGCAUCGAUCCCCCACCAAGCCCGUCGUCGUUCGGCACCUUCGACGAGGAGCAGGAAGAAAUAGAUAGAGAUAGAGACCGGGGUCGUGGCCCGCAGAGACGAUCAAGCUUAAAGAGUAAGAUCACAGAUACAUUCCGACCGUCACACAGGAGGCGCUCGAGUUCUGUCAAGAGCAUUGGAGCUCCGAGCGUGCUGGCGCCGAGUUAUCACACCACAGAUAGCGCAUUACCCGCAUACCCAAUGCCCACAACGCCAACCCGCACUCAUUCACCACAAACCCCCACUCGACGCACCACCGACUUGCAAGGGCUGCGCGCGCUCUACCAGUGCGCUGCGAUACACAUGUGUAUACCACCUCAGGGAGUGUCGUAUCGCGGUCUACCGUUCUUCGAGUUAAGGUCUGGAGACACGUUUGAUGUACUUAGGGAGUAUGGACAUCCGAGCACUCAUCCGGAUUUACCGCUUUAUGUAGAUGAUGGGGAGGAUUGUUUGUUGCUUGUGCGGGAGCUUGCUGAUGGAGGGAGAGGAGAGGUUGGCUGGGCGUUGGCGAGUUUUUUGGUGCCGCUGGAUUGA